CAUAUCAUAUGAAACCGUUCUGAAGGAGCUGUUGCGCAGUAUCAGCGUCUGUCAUUGGUCCGCGACACUGCAGUAACCAAUCAUCACCGAGAUUGUUUAACUUGGAGUUUGAUGUUAUGUAUUUUCAGUUUGAAAAAAGAUGUCGCUAAACCGGGGUAUCGGCAGUGUUGAGGUAAGGCUAAUGUAACUCCUCCAGCGGUUAUCGUUUCUUUUUUAAUACCCGGUUUCUCGUGGUGUUUUGUUUCGAUGAUAAAAUGUAAUUUGAAUACAGCCUGAGCAAAUAAAAACAGAUGUAGCAGUUCUUGUAAGCUAGCUCGUUAGCUCCUGUCAGUGUGAAGUUACCAUGUCAACGGCAGUGCACCUGUACGAAAACCAACAUUAUCUAACUCCUCCUGUUUUCAAGCUAUCUUGAUCAUCUUAAACAUUUCUUCUCCCGUUUUAUAAACUGUCAUUCAGUUAUUUCAAAACCCUGUUCGUCUGUUUUUCUUGUAGUACAUGAAAAAAAGGAUCCCGAAAAAUGCUAAAUAUCAACAUGUCAAAACAAGACUGGACACCGGUAUGCUGAUCAAAUACAGACAAAUGUUUAAAAGUACAUAAAUAGAUACUAAACUCUUCCUCACUGUCACUGUCUUAUUGCAGGAUGCAGCCUCACCAAGUAUAUGGAAAGACUGGAGGACAUAAAGAAAAGUAAGAAUUCUGAGCUGGUAUUAAGGGGGGAAUUAUGAAGGGAAAUUCAUUAUCCAAUACCUGACACAGUGCCCAUGAAAACAAUAUUACUACAUCACAGUGAUUGUAAUAUUUUAACUAAACUGCAAAACCAUGAUCUCCACAAUGAUCAGGGAUAAUGUCCUAAAAGUGCAGGAGUAAUAUGAUUAGUGCCACCACAAAGAUUUAUAAAGUCUCAGAGUGAGUUAGUUUGACAGGACAUCUCUUUAAAGUCCUUAUUAACUCAUAUUAAUAAUAAUAAUGCAUCAGAUUUCAUAUAUAUCGCUUUAUCAGAGACCCUCAAAGCGCUUUACAUUGGAUACAUCAUUCAUUCGCUCACACAGUCACACCUUGGUGGUUGUAAACUACCUAAGUAGUCACAGCUGCCCUGGGGCUGACUGACGGAAACGUGGCUGCCAGUUUGCACACACAACACUCACAAUCAUACACCAGUGGAGGACACACACUGGGAGCAAGGUUGGUUAAGUGUUCUUGCCCAAGGACACAACGGACAGACUAGGGAUAGGGGGGGAAUCAAACCGCCGACCUUCCAGUUAUUGGACGACCGUGCUACCUCCUGAGCUACUGCCGCCCCGAUUAAAUAAGUAGCGGUCAAUUGUAUAAACAUAAUUAGAGGAAAGGUCAGAUGGUGGCCAAUAGGUGAUACAAGUGUUAAAUGUUGUUAUUAAUCUUCUGCAUUUGUUAAAAUAAAACAAAAAUCUUAUAAUAACCAGUGAGAAAGAACAUUGCUGAACUUUAAUGAACAUUUUAUCACAUAAACGAGAACAUAAAGAUAUUUGUAAGGCAAAUAUUUGGGUUAAAAACAUCAGAGUCAUAUACAAUCACAUUAGUCCAUGCAUUUCAGCUACAGGACUGAUAUUUGUCGAAUCUUCAUGCCACACUGACAAGGCUGCCUGCAGUGGCUGUAGACAAUGUUUGAAACUUCCUUUCAUGAGCACAGGAAGUAUCAGGGUUUUUUUUUUUUUUACCCCUUUGGAGGCUUUACCACUGACCACAAUAUCAUCACAAAAAAACUGCCCAAAUAGCCUGAUCCAGGUGUAUAAAUGUUACCUUUAUCUCGCUGGGAGUGUGGAAACAGAGACCGGUUUAAUUUUUUUUAUAUCUUAAAUAGAGGUGAUGAAUAUGCAAAAUACUCAAGUGAUUACAUGCACAUCUGCAAGAAAUAGAAGAUCAAAUACUCUUACAGUCCUAAGACCAGUACCUACACAAAGGUUGCAAAUGAAAGACUUCCUUCAAGUGCCUGGGUUUAACUUCCUUUUCUCCUUUUUGCAGAUUAUAGAUACAGAAAUGAUGAAAUCUUUAAGCGGUUAAAGGUGACAACAUUUGCACAGUUGGUAAGCAUUUAUGUUUCGUUUCAGUCGUGUGUCAAAACAGAAACUCAGAAAAAACUAAAUACAUUAAAAAAAAAAACUCAGUAUUGUCGGACAAAUGAUGUGAUGAGCUCUGGACAUAAGUCCUGAAUCAUUUAUUCAGUAUCCUUACAUUCAAUUCCAGGAUACUUUUUUUCACACUUUCACUCGCAGAUUGUCCCUUUUUUCUGAGAUGAAGCACUUUUGGUUCCUUUUCUGCUCUAGAUACUUCAAGUAGCCUCCAUAUCAGAGCUGACUGAAAGUGAGAAUGACGCUGAAUCACACGUACCAGAAGGUAACACAGCUAAAGCCAAACUAAUUGAUGUCUGUCUUGCAUUAUCAUCAUCGUCACAUUACUGAACACACUGAAAUGUGCAUCAUUUGCUUUGGACGAAAAUUUGUUAAUGACAGCCCGUUUGUUUACAGACGGUGUGUCAGUCGUAUCUGAUGCAGAUCUGGAGUGUCCAUCUGAACACAUCAACGGCUCCACUCAGGGGUCACCGCCUCCAGAUCACCAGGGUGCAGGAGACAGCAAGGACAUCUGCCACACUGCCAGGUCAACGUUACUGAGGUAAUGUACAGCUCAGUUCUCUGUAAAGCUGCACUCUACAGCCCCUCCUGUACAACAUCCCACACACUCUACCUUUUCCCGCCUGUUACCCCAAACCUACCAUCAAAUCCUUUCAGAGCAAACUGUGCUUCUAUUUCUUGUCCCUUGAGACAUCUGCCCGUCCCACGCCCCUGAACUCCUCAUAAUAACCCACUCGGUUUAUUCGCAGCGUCUCCUCCUCACACCUGCGUCCUCUCCGCUUCAACUUGAACAUGAACCCCAGGAGUGUAACUCUACCUCUGGCCUCUCCAGGGAGGGCACAGACUGGGCCUCUAAUGACAGAUUGUGAGGUUACCCUCACCUUAGAUUGGAAGAGAAAGUAGGGCGAGGGGAAAGUGGUCUGUAGUCUGGCUCAGCUCCAAAUGGACUUAAGUUGCCCAAAAUCAUUAAUGGAUGAAAGGCAAAUAACAUCAUUUAAAUGGUUGUUAUUGUGUGCAAAUAGAUGAAGAGAAAUCUGGACUGUGAGGGAUAAAAAAGAAGAAAAAGAAGCACAAAAAAAGAAUCCUGUUUUUAUGAAAACUAAUGCAGCCUGUUGUCUUCUCCCCCUUCAGUGUUAUUAGUGGUGUAGGAGAGCUGAGCCUCGACAAAAACAACCAGAAGAAGGAGAAUGACUCACCCCUGAGCCCUGAGCCAGCUGACAGGCCUUACCCAGACUGCCCCUACCUACUGCUGGACGUACGGGACCGCGACCUGUAUGACCGCUGCCACAUCAUCAGCGGUUUGUGCAAAAACAUGAAGAACAUUUCGCUCCUGUUGCUCAUGAUAUAAACGUAACUUUCAUUCGUCUCUUUCUCCUUUAGCGCAAAGUUUCCCCAUCGCAAUGCUUUCUCGAACCAUGAAACCCUACACAAGAGACGUGCAGGAAUAUGUAUCCUUCUGCACCAAACGUUUACCUGUCUGCUUUCAGUGGUGCCACAGCUGUUUUUGAAAGUGUCUGGACUUAACCCAUAAACUGUGCAGAAAAAUGCAGAAGGGAAGAUCAUCAUCGUGUACGACGAGGACGAGAGAAUAGCCAGUCAGGCAGCCACCACCAUGUGUGAGCGAGGGAUUGACAAUCUCUUCAUGCUGUCCGGAGGUAAAGUAAAGUUUGCUUGUUGAGAGUCUGUUUUUUCUUAAGGAUAUAUUUAGCUAACAUUUGGCCGUACUUUGACUGGCAAUAGAGGUCUGCUUUUUCUUUAAACUGACUGAGUUCUCCAGGAAAAACAAUGUUGAUGUACAAAUCCCAUCUAAAGCUAUAUGUCCUCUUUUACCCAGACAAGUCCUCUUUUUGGGGGGCUGCCUGGCCUUGUCCAGGGGAGUUUAUAAAAUCCUUCAAAUGUCCGGGUUUUGGUAUGGAAGUUUUGAGUUUGUGUCGCGUGGACCUACUGAGUUAGAACCACGUAAAAAACACUCAACCCAACCUGAAAAACUCUCUAAAUUUACUACGCGUGACUUCGUGACGCCAUGUCCUCUUUUUUGGGAUUCAGAAUAUGGUCACCCUAAUUCAAUGCAAAACAAACUUUAAUCAGCUCUUGUUUCAACCAAUUGUCAAUAGAUUGAUUAACAUUCCUAUCCCACGUCUUUUGCUUCUUUGCUGCCCUCUUCUAGGUCUCAAGGUAAUCGCUCAGAAAUUUCCAGAAGGCAUGACGACGGGUUCCAUCCCAGCAUCCUGCCUGUCCCCUCCGACGUCAUCGCGCAGGAAAAAGAGCACGGUGCAGCCGCAGCAGCCUGCGCAGGCGGCAGAGAAGAGAUGGAGGUUUACAUCGGAUGAACUCACAAAGAUCCAGGAGCAGCUGGAGGAGAUUCUCAUCCCCAGCAACUCCAGCAGUAAGAGAACAUUUUGAAGAAUGCAGAUCCCAGUAUUUAAUGAGAGUGUUGGUUUAUUUGUGUAAAAUAUUGUUUGCAAACAGUCCUUAAAUUAAAAAAAAAAUGAAAAAAAACAUGCUUUGGCUCAUAUGACGUAUGAUAUCAUAUAUUGUUUGUCUUCACCACAGGCCGUAUGUCCAGCCGCUUGUCCUCCAGCAGCUCCCAGUCGAAAGCCUCCAGCGCUCAGAGUCGACAGAGCUCCUGUGCGUCUGGAAGAGACAGCUCCAGGGUUCAGAGCAGCAGACCCUGGAAAUAACCCCCAUCAUCUUCCCCCAGUUCUCAUGAAUUACACACAUCUAAACAUACAAACAUACCUCCGAUGAAAAAAAGUCCAUAUAUAUUUCAGGUUACAACACUCUCUAACUGAAUAUAAUCCUCCAUCGGACUGCUGCAGAAUCACAACAUGACGCUCUUUUUCCUCUCUGGAGUUGAAGGUCAGACUGACGCAGUUUCAGUUUUCAUUUUCAUUUCAGAUAUUAUAAACAGUGUGUGUUUGAAUGUUUGCACAGUGCCUCAUCUGAGAACCUAAGAGGUGAUAGAUCUAUUUGCACUCUUUAAUAACACUAAUCUCAUUCAUGCUUUCCACCUGCCAACGACCCUGGAGAAAUAAACGCUCACUUUAUUGUAAUUUUCCCCUUCCAUAUCAAGUCCUGAAACAAUCUUUAACCCGGUGGCAUUCCCUAAAGACUGGCAUUUCUUUAGCUACGGUUAAAGACUGAAUGACUGUAUGUUUUUAUGACAUGAAGGAUAUGCAUGAGAUGUAAUUUAAGGGACUAAUGAGCUCAGUCUGUCUUAUAUAAGGAAAAGCUGUACUGUAUUUUCAUGAUGUCGAACUGUGAUGCCUGAACUGAGAGUGCACCGUCAGCCUUUACGUGCUGCUCUUCUGGUCCACUUAUGCUGUAAUUUGUGUGUGUGUGUGUGUGUGUGUGUGUGUGUGUGUGUGUGUGUGUGUGUGUGUGUGUGUGUGUGUGUGUGUGUGUGUGUGUGUGUGUGUGUGUGUGUGUGUGUGUGUGGACUUAUUGAAGCCUUUACACAGACUAUGAUGAGUUUUCCUGAAGGAAGGGGACAGUGGCAUUUUGUUAUUUCUGUUACAAAAACGAUAAAACAGCACUUGAUCAGCAGUGGUUGCAUUCUUCAAACAGUAUUGUUGAUUUGUGGCCUUUUUGUUUUUUAGCGUGGUUGCAGUUUGUUGCAUGGUUCACGGCCAACUUUCUCGUAGUCUUCAGAAGUGCAUAUAAUGGACUCAUCCGCAGGCCUUGAUUGUGACUUGUUUUCACCAUCAGUCUUAGCUCGAACUAAUAAUCUGAUCAGAUGAUUUUGUUUUGUAAAUGAAUGUCAAAUAAAGAGCUCGGUUGUUUGCUGUA